GUUACAUAUUUAAAGAUGGUGUAACAAAAUUUUGACAGUACAUGUUUAAAAUUUCUGAAAUUAACCAAAAAUCUUCACAAUAAUGCUAAACGUAAGUUUGCAAAGUUGAUAAUAUAUAUGGAAUGCUGAUAUGUAGGAGCAGAUCUAUUCGUUUUUUAUCAUCGUUUAAUAAUAGUAAUGGCAUUAAUUUCGUAUCCAAUUGCGAUGACUCGGUUAACCUUGUAAAGUUGGAUAAUAGUAAAAGAUCAUUAUCAGCAUGCGUUGUCGUUGUUAAAGAAGAUCGGCCUUUAGUUUACGAAAUGGAUUCAAAAAAAGUUUUUUCAAAAGCAGGCUCAAAUUGCGCUUGCCACGAUGAUGGGAUUUCUAGCACUCCUUGCCCUAUUCACAAUAAUAAACAACGAUCCAACAGCAUCAAUCGGCAACGUGGAAACAACGACAAUAAGGAAAGUAUUAAUAAAAACAUUCCUGUCUAUGCAACAGGUUCAAAUCACUCUAACAUCGUUGCAAGUACCAGUUAUGGUACGGCAUUUUUAGAAAGUGUUGCCACCAACUUCCAUUGCCCCAGUGUACACCAACAAUUACUUUUUGGUGGAUAUUUACAUCAAAACGUAUUGUUUCCUUAUAAUAAUUAUCCAGCUGCGAUCGCCUUCCAAAGAUCCUUCUCUACCUCUUCCGUUUUGGAUCAUCAAAAUAGUAAUGUUCAUUAUCGUAAUAGUGUGGAAUCAAGAGGGAGUAGCUCUGCAAAAGGAAGUGGAUCUAGAUCUUCUGCUAGAUCUAAUUCAAUUUUAGGAAUGCGUCGUUGGGAUUUAACCAAUUUUGGAAAAUUGUAUUAUCGCCAAAAUAAAACUGAAUCUGGUGUUGUUUUUACCAUAAUAUCAUAUAAUGUUCUUGCUCAAGAUUUACUCAUGGAACAUCCAGAGUUGUAUAAUGGAAAUGAUCAAAAUGCGUUGCAAUGGGAUUUUCGUUAUAAAAAUUUAUAUCAAGAAAUUAAAGAGAAAAAUGGAGAUGUAAUAAUCAAUUUUUUUUUAAUUAAAACUAGAAUUUAGCUAAACUAAAACUAA